GCGAUUCCUCCAGCGAUUUCUGUGAAUCGACGGAUCAGUGUGUGGAAAAGCUUCUGCUGCACACAAUCACACUGUGUGCCAGCCAUAGUAGACACACGCUACACGACACGCGCACACCUCUGACGUUUCUAGAAAAAAGCCCUUCCCAAGAACACCGUUUUUGUCAAGCAAAAAGAAAAAUGUCUUUUCUUGUAGGAUCAUCAUGUGCAUCAUCUCCUUCAUUUUGUUGACCGAGGAGUAGAUAAAGAUGAAAUGCCAUGUGUAUAAAUUUUAAUUACUUUUAGUUUUUUAUAGCCGGGAUACUGUAAUUUAUUUUUCACGAUCGUUCUUUUAUUUCGGCCGAACAGCAAGACUACAUGGUGCCAAAAAAAAUGUUGAAAAUUCUCUGCGCCACUUUCUCGCUCGCCGCGGCAAGAAGAACAAGCGGCUUAGCCGCGGUGCGAGCCGUGAGGUUUGAUGCCGGUCGCGGCGACGUGAAGCUGCCCGGAGCUCGGGGGCCAGUGCAAGUAGAACCUUUGGCCCCGAAGAAAGCUGAGGACGAGAAUUACGCUGCGAGAAUUCCUGUCGCGUCAGCACCGGAUGAUCUAGAUCUUCCUCGUGGGCGGGAUGAAACUAUUUUUAAAGGUGGAUCAAGAAAGGAACAGGAACAAGUGGUCCCGCUCCUUUUUCCCGACGUAACGGACGCGUCGGUUCUGGAGCAGCUGACUAGAGCAAUGAUUAGAGGGAGAGGUGGACCAGGCAAGAGGAGUGAUCGAUGUGCAGCUGAUGUUCCAGGAACUACUGCUGAAAGUGAAGUAGCAACUCGGAUGAAGAUGUUGGAACGAACGACAGUAACGUCGUCCAGCUUUUUGUCACGUGAUAUCGAGGAAAAGCUGCAGCUUCGAUGGAACUACCAGGUGGAGGGGGUCACACUGAAUUCCAACACGAAUGCGGCGAAGUUUGCCGCGGAAAAGUGGGGAAAAUACAACGUUCAGCGUCAGCUUGCAGCGGAGAAAGUUGUUGUAGGUGGGAAUAAACUUCUUUUACAUGGUCAUCUUCACCAGGAGAAGCAGCAGAACCCCGCAACAGGGAACGCAGAAGCAGGAAGAUCUGGGACGAGGAGUCAAGUCGUAUCGUUUUACCCCGUUUUGUUGGGUAAUACUACUACUACUACUACGACGACUGCAGUGGACCGUGACGCGCUGUCUUCGGAAAAAUUGGUCCAAUCAUCUUCACGACGAGCAGUCCCUCCUGGCAAGAACGUCGAGGACGAUGAUUUAUUCAAGCGCAAGGAGGACGUAUCGGCAUCCACUCCUACUAGUACUACUUCCACGACGGAGCGACAGCGAGGGAGAACACACGAAGCAAAAUCUUCUCGACAAUCGUUGUACAAGCUCGGCGGGCGAAAAGCAAACCUGUUGCGGCUCUCGCAGCUGGAACUGGUUGUGGAGUGCGAAGUCCUAUGAAUUGCACAUAUGUAGUCUGGGUCUGGAAACUUGUAAUGCUAAAAGUGAAUGAUAGACGCACUGCAAAACGCAGCUAUGCAUGACAAUUUUUUUGGCUGCCAUGUGCUACGUAUUCCGCAGGGCAUAGUGCGUUUUUUGCAUGACAGGUAAGAGUGCCUCUUCGUGCCUAUGCAACACAGAUUCUCGAGUCAUGCCAGACAAGCAUGACAAACUUGCAUUGUUCCAGACCCAGACAUAUUUGGAGUUGAUGAGUCCUUGUACACCUCCACGAGGACGUCGUUCUUGGGAAGGAAAAUGGAUCGAAAGGACGAGGAGCUCCCAAGAAGGAUACAGAAGGAGAAGCGAAGCAGAAAGGCAAAGGCUCUCCUGCUUUAUUCCCCGCAGCAGGAGGGCAAGAACCAGACGAAAAUCCUUUCUGGACUCUCGCUGGGCGCGCGCUUUCAUCUCGCUUCCGUUCGGUCCAGCGGUCGUGGGACAAGGCAGUCUCGACGACGUUGCCGCAGCGAUGGGGGGAUUGGUACUAUGGAACAAGAAUUGCGAGCACGGUAAGCAGUCCCACAACCACUACAACUCUCCGCUCUUGCUCGGCGCAGAUCAAGCGGAAAGAGAGUACUAGUAGUCUAUCGAAGGUAGAUCAUCAUCAUCUCGACGGGCAAGAAGUUCGGGAGGAGAGUAAUAAAAAUUGGACGCGCGGCUCGUCCUGCCCCGUCACUGGCCGCAACAGCUGCAGGAAAAUGGUAAACUACGGUGAGGACAAUCGGCACCGGCGAAAUGUUGAAGCAGGCGUCGCCCGUGCAAACGAAAAAGAUCCACCGCGAGGAUCGCAGCCGAGAGCCGGCUCUAGUACUGCGCUGGUGUUUGACAAAAUGUUCCAGAGAGAGCUUAGCCGGGAACUGCAGACAACCCUGGCAGCAGUUCUGGAGAAAGAAGAAGUUGUAUCCAAGAACGACGACCGUGAAAGAGCAGAAACAAAUUCACAGUUCUUGUCACACGGGACGAAAUUUCGCCAUAAUUUCCUGGACGAGAAAAGCAAGAAAAAAACCGCAGAAAUGUUAAGCACUCAUCCCCUCCUUUCGUCAACAAAACUCCGCACUCACGUUGACGCGCUCAAGUCGCGGACUCGCGCAGUGUGGAAAUCGUCGCGCGAAGGCGUUUAUCAAAUGCAAAAAUGUCCGGGUCUGGGAGAGCGCAAGAUUUGUCAUGCAUAUUUCUCAUGACCCAUGACGCCUGUAAUGCUUGACCCAGCAUCUCAGACUUUUAGACGGUUCUUUGAUGCACCUUCCGCAUGAGAGAUGUCCUGUCCGUGUAGCAAAAACUGUACCCCUCGUGCUGGUCAUGCAAUACAAAUUUUUUUAGAGUCCAAAAACAGCAUGACAUCCAGACCCAGACACUUUUGCAGUUGAUAGCGUUCUGAGAAGGUUGCCUGUCGUCCUCGGUGUCCGGCCGCCCAGGAUCGGGAAACAGCAUCGGAGCGAGAAGGAGAAUCAUAUUGAUUUUAAUUCCACAUCAGACCAGUACGACGUGCAGCAGGUGGACUCAGUGUCAGAGCCUGAAAAAAUGCGGAGGCGCAUGACAACUUUGCAAAAAACCGUGGAUUUGCGGUUUGACGUGUGGGUUUCCGGCGGGCACCUGCUGUUUGCGCGAGAAGUUUUUGAACAGGAGGCGCCUUCAUCUUCGAGCAGAAGUACAGGAAACAACAGGACGAACAUGCGGUUUUUUCAGCCGGUGAUCACGAAAUGGGCGAAGACGGAUAAAACCCCCUCUCAGUUGGUCGUCGGGAACCACAUGCACUGGAAAAACAGUAUGACUCCUGGGAGAGUUGUAGAAGGAGGCCUGCAACUACUACAUCAACGGGAAGAUGACAAUACUUGUCGUCACCUGCUGCAAGAAGAACAACCCGCAUCCUGGAGCGGUCCGGAGGAGCGGCACUUCGGCUCCCUUGGCAGCCGCUGUCCAUGGGCGCAGGAUCGCCCUUUUGGGUUCGCCACAGCAGCACACGAGCAGAUGUUAGCCCGAGAAAGGUUAGGGUUACUACGUCCAGCAGAUGUGCAGGGCCGCGCAUCUAGUUUGUCUUCCCGCUCCUGUUGCCUUCCUUUCACGUUCACCACCCCGGCCAGUGAUUUUUUCCGCACCAAGGCACAAACCGUCGCCGCCGCUUUCCAGAGUUUUUGCGCCAACGUGCAAGGCGGUGACCACAGGUGGGGAGAUCCAAAUGGAUUGUGGCCCGGUCCAGUGCAGGUGGAUACGGGGGCGCGAGAGCAGGACGUAGACCGCACUGCAACUACGACGUCGCCUUCGUUCGUGCCCAACAAGUCGGAACACUUUCUGGUCGAAGACGUGGAGCUGGACCGGCGCGUGCUGCAACUCUAUCAAAAUGAAAAAUUUUGCUCUCGCCCCAGAAGACCGAGGACUCUGUAGUGCAUACUUAUACUUCACGUUCACAACACGGUCACGGAUGCCUGCUAUUUUUCGUAUUACAUGAAUGAUGAAGAGAAAAGUCAUGCGACGCGUUCUGUUAUUGAGAAUCUAAGUCGCCAGUCAUGUCGUGCCGACGUUGCAGGUGUCGCUUCCACAACGGUGCUAUGCAACGCAGACUUCCGCAUCCGCUACUCUGGGUUGUAAAUUUGCGAUGAUCCUGAUUCGAUGCAAGCUGGUAAAUGCUUCCAUCAGGAGGAGCUUUGGCACUGCAAACAAUUUCCUAUUUCGGGGUUGAGGCACAACUUUUCUAUUGGAUACACUGCAGGCGUUAUUUAGCGGGGAACAGAUUGACUUGCGGGACGUAGACUUGACCGUCUCCGACUCCGCACCGUGCGAAAAUGAAACCGGGGCUGCAGGUAAAGACUUUUCACAGCGGGGGAGCUGCAAUGACGAGCAGCCAGUACUACGCGCCCAGUCACCAGCUUCCGCUCAACAGCACCGGCACGACGGACAACCCACGACUCCGCAGCUGCAGGCCACGCAGGAUCUGAAGGAGUGCCCGAUUUGUAAGUGCGACAUCGAAACGGGUGAUUCGCUCACACUGCAAACCUGUUGCGCCACGCUCUGCCAUGAGAACUGCCUGAAACAGUGGAUGGCCAAGCGCGAAGACCCGGACGCCGAGUUUUGUCACGGCCUGAAUUGCCCAGGCUGCAACACGCCUUUCGAGGCGGAGAUGAAACAGGAGGGCCAAGAAGAGGAUGAGGAAUACCGAACAUCAUCUUCGAAGGGGUUCUCCGAUAGCGACGGGAGGUUUGACGCGGAGAAGCUGUUGAACUUUUACGACGGGAAAAAGUUCCUGCGGGGCCGUCUCAACUGGUCCGACUGCCACUGCCUGUGCGAAAGCCCCUCGGAAAAGUGCACGGAGCUACGGCUCAUCGCCUUCAAAAAUUCUGGCACUUCUUCUACGGGGGCUGGUGCACCACACCAGAGUUUUAGAAAAAGAGCGGGGGGAAUAGCAGAAAUGGAUGAAAGUAGUAGAAGCACCGCGACCUCCGGGGGUGCUGAACGAGGCGAAACGAGAAGCCCCCACGUCAUGAGUGGCGCGUCCUCUGUUCUUCAACAUCAUCCAUAUGGAGAACAAAACCAUAGUACUGCGUCGGAAAAUCUGGAGGAAAGCAGGGAUGAAGGAACACCAAACCCACACUCACUACGCGACCACCCCAGGGCGCCGCAUUUUUGCCGGGGCUGCCGACUGCCGGCCGUUGUGGCCGCCGCGUCGAGUGGCGGGAGUAUGUUGAAACCGUGGAGCAGCAGUGAAAAGAAAAACCCCUUCAAGUGCGAUCACGCACGACCGAUCGUCACGCGCGAGAAGGGGCUGAAGGUAGCCGGGUUGUGGAUCAAGAAGGACGACGAGAAGAAAAAGUUUUUCAUGGACGUAAGUGAACAAGAGGAAAAGCAUUUAUGAUAAUUCGGGGACCACGUGGAGGUCGUGGUCAUCGGGGGGCUGGUGAAGAAGAUAGAAGAUGAGCCGGUAGGUAGCUGAUGCUAUCGGGAGCGACACCAUCAUGAGCAACCCCCGGCACCAUUGCCACUAAUUCUUCGACGAGAGGUGGAAGUAGAACUGCGCAAGUAGGUGACAACAUUUUAUCAUGUAUACCGGAGAUCAAGAUCGCUACUGCAUUUACCAUGUUGUGCACCGCUGCGGAGAGGAACGGGAGAAAACGUAUCUUCCCGGAGCGGCAAUAAUGGGCGCGACCACCUGGGUUGAAGUAGACGCGCUGUUCCGUCGAAUGUCUCGGAUAAAUAAGGGGCAGUUUUUUGUUGAAUAAAGAUUUAUCUUCUAUAAGGAUAGUACCCUGUUUUGUAAGAUUUUUUAGGAUCACCAUCAUCCUCUCAUGAAUACUUUCAGUUGUACGCCUGAGCCUGACCACCUUAUAUAUUAUUUUGAACAAUGCCAAAAGCAAAAGAAGCUCGUCAAGCCCGAGCGUGUGCUCGUUGCCGAGACAUGUUAUUUGUAGAAUAUUACGAUAAGAAUUGCCGCUGAAUGAUGCCCUUGAUGAAGAUAGUGAUAUCAUGUAAAGAUGAAACAGAAAAAUGUCGCGCAUGGCUUUUCUCGAGCGGGGUCUCGACAUUUGGAUUGUCGAGUCACAAGGGGCAGCUCUGGG